AUCACCCGAUUCUAGGACCCUGUGAUGCUUCGUUCAAUCAGAAGUGAUCUUUAUCCCUAACUUCCGAUUAAUCUUCCACCCGGCACACCCCAACCCUCCAAGCCACCCCCACGUCGUCCCAAUUUUGACACUACAUUGUCACUCAAUUUGGAUGUCCGGUUGAUUAGGAAGCGAAAUACGUUUAAAUUCCUCAGGGAUUAAUAAAGGUCUUGAAGGCCACGCUUUAAACCUGGCAUACAACUCACCGUCCAAAAACCACACUGGGAGAGCUUUCUCCUUGACCUUUGCAGUGCUCGCCCAUGGUUUUGACGCUUUAGCGUCACCAGUCGGUAGUGUGGAAAAGAUCAUCUGAUGGUACAUUGGUACUUUGGCCAUCAUUUUUUGCAUAAUUGCAUUUUGAUCCCUAAAGUUCAAAAGAUUAUCAUGCUUAGCAUUGGAGAAUGGGCUCACAGCAUGACCAACACCUUGUCGACAGAUGCAGAGAAUCUGCGUGUGUGGAAUCGAAAGCUGAUGAUGGCCUCAGCCUGUGUUCCUUAGAUCCUCCAAGCACUUCUCAGUUAUCAGCUCUUGGAGCUAUUUCAGGAAGGUUUAACCCUGCUGUAUACUACAAGAGAAAGUUCCGGAAAAACAUCUUUUCUACUUGCACCCCCCAAUCAUUAGCUAAAGUCAAAUGUUUUGGUGGUUGUGAUUAUGCCAUUUGUUCUGAAGCUCUUUCGAGGGGUGGGACGGAACACAAACUGUUUGAAUUGGAGGUCGACAUAAAUGCAAGUAGAUCUUCAAGUAGGCCCCCUUUAGAACGCAAUGCAGAUCCACUCCUCUCCAAGUCAGAAUCUUCUAAUGGAUGCCAUGAUGGGGGCCAUCGUUGUUCAGAAGAAGCUGCUAAAAGUGAUACACUCAGUUUAUUGAACCCAUGCCUAAAUGAUUAUUUUUCAUCUUCUGAGUCAAAUUUGAAUCAUCGUUCAGCUUUUCUAAAUAGUGAUGUGGAUGGUGCUGGUGAGUGCUCUUCUUCUGGUGCACUGUUCACUGAAGAACUGCAUGAUGAUAUGCCAGAAAGGGAUAUAUGCAUUUCAGUUCUUAAAAAGCAUGGGCUGCUUACGAGGAUUAAUAUGGAUCAUGUUUCCACUACUACCAGUAACUGCUGUCUAGUCCCAUGCAAGGUCUGUGGCUGUUCAGAUACUACACUAAAAAUGUUGAUUUGUGAUAAUUGCAAUGACGCAUUCCAUCUCUCUUGCUGCAAUCCUCGUGUAAAGAAAGUUCCAUAUGGUGAGUGGUUUUGCCUCUCUUGCCUAAGAAAGAAGAGAAAACUACUGAGGGAGAAUUCAAGCAGUAAAACUUUACAUGUUAUAGAUGAAGACGGUGGCUGCAACAACAUAUUGUCUAAAGGAGAACCCAAACACUUAGAUUCCAUGUUGAGAGGGAGAGAACCAUAUCACUCUUCUCCUCGCAUUGGUGAUCAGUUUCAAGCUGACGUUCCUGUCUGGGAUGGUCCUGUCAAUGAUGAGGCUAGUCCUACCACUGAACCAGUCGAAAUGGAUGCUUUUGCAAGCUUGCACGAAAGCAAUGUGAACAAGCCUUUUAGAAUCAGCUCUAUUGGGAAUUGGCUACAAUGCCAGGAGGUUAUAUUAGGAAUUGGGAAGGGUUUUGAUGGAACUAUCUGUGGGAAAUGGCGCAGGGCACCACUUUUUGAAGUUCAGACAGAUAAUUGGGAGUGUUUUGGAUCUGUUCUUUGGGAUCCAGCACAUGCUGACUGUGCUGUACCUCAGGAGCUAGAAACAGAAGAAGUUUUAAAACAAUUGAAGUACGUAGAGAUGACCACGGCUUGAUGCGAAAAGGCGCAAGUUGGACUGCACCAAGCAUAGCAGUGACUUGCAGAGUUGUACAGAGACUUGAAAAUAUUGUGGAGUCCCGGGAGCGUGCAGAUAUUUGAAGUAUUAACAUGUAUACUAUAAUGCCCUUGAUUUGAACAAUCGCCAACACGGGUCAAAAUGACGAAGGUUGCCAAUUCUUUUUUGGUUUCAAACGGCGCUAACUUGUCUUGACUUAACCCUUUAUGAUAGGAUAU